AUGCAGCAGAGCUUGCCCAUUGCCGGUCGGUGGCUGGCCCGUGGGCUGGCCGUCACCAUCUUCCUCUAUGGGUUGCUGCUGCUGGUGCUGUGGUCCGACUCACCGCAUGGAGGUCUCUCGGUCUCGAUAUCAACGGCAGCCGCAACAACAAUGAAGGAGCCGCUUCAGUUGAUUCGCAGCGACGUUAUCGCUGGUGAUGGCCCCGACGGCCCGCGCGAGCCAGACAACGACGCCGACUGCGGCAAGAACAUCAAGGCCGGCGCCUCCGGCUACUGCCUGCUCAAGAACGAGGCCACGGGGGAGGAGGUGCAGGCCAUGCGCGUCAACUGCUCCACUAUGAGGGAGGAGGUGCGCUUCAACUGCCGCCAAGCAGCUGACUUCGCCCGUGUUGCGCCUCAGAUCGACCUGUUGAUAUCUGCCAAGCGACAGGAGGAGGAAGGGGAGCAGACUGCAAUGAAGACGCAAGGAGAGGUGCAGCUCGAGCCCAAGAACGGCGUCCUCAUGGUCAUGUACCCGAAGCUACUCCCCAGCGUCUACUCGAACUUGAGGCUGCUCCGCUCGUACAACUGCUCGCUGCCGGUGGAGCUCUGGUAUCUGCAAAUCUUUGGUGGACGAAUAUGGGCCCAUUUCGCUACGUGGUAUUGCGGACACUGA